AUGCCAAGGGCCUCGUCCAACUCUGCCCCUCGCAAACUUGAGACUACAGGUGCAAGGAGAAGGCACAAGCUUCCCACCGUCAGAAGGAACCCCCGCACUAAACCCCCACACGUCGGUAACUACCAAAUUAACACCCAUCACAAAACCUCACUCGUGCACACCACUCAAACCUGGGGAGGACGAGCUAGAGGUUUAAACUAAAUAGGGGAACACCGAAGAGGCCGGUAUCACAAUUAGGACUGAUACGCUGCGUGUACUAUACGAGUACAGUACUGGUAAUACCAUAGAGUGCUAAUCCAUUCCACCUGUAUCAUACCGGUGGACAAGACGGCCGCAGCGGAAGAACAGAUCCUUAGACCUUACUGCAGAAGUCAGGGUUUCAAAAUAAAAACUUUUUUAAAAAAGAGAAACUGAAGAGAACCCUGUUCCAUCCUCCAUCAUUCAUUCCAGCCGGCCAUUCAGUCAGCAAAAUGCUAGGAGAAUGGAAACAAAAUAGAAAGAAAAUAAUAAAAUAAGAUAAUACCAAGCUAGUAAGGAAAUCUUCUCGUCGUGAUAGUGCCUAUUUUUCCUCCCAAAACCAAAUCCCCGUUUUAACAAAAGCAUAGUCCCUACAAUUAAUGACUUUCCAAGCCUUCCUUCGUUCUCAUAACCGAAGGAAAAUACGAAAGAAUGUAAUUGUUAGGGAAGGGCGCUCCCCUUCCUAACUUCGUCGCGACACAAAAAAGGGAAAAAAACAGUUGUAAGGAGACAUGAGCAGCAGGCGCGGGGAUACAUAAUAACGAAAUAAUGGAAAAAGUAAGAAAUAGUGAGAAUAUUUUGAUUUGUUUCCCGCUGUUAGGAAAAAGAGGGAGGCGAGAAAAUGUUAGACGAAAAUAAAAA